UCCCACCCCUCCCAUUCUGAUGUCCUGUCCACAGGGAGGAGGCAGUACAGGUGAACAUCAACCUGCUCCUCCUCUGCUAGGAUGCAAAUUCACUCUAACUUCAGAAGUAUAUAGUACUAUAGUGUGUCCGCACAUUAUUGUAUGCAUGAGUUUGGAGGAAUAGGAGGAGGACAGGAUGGCCAACUCAGCACUGGAGAUAGUGGGUCUGCUAUUGACCCUGUUCGGGCUGAUUAUGGCGUCAGCAAGCACUGGGAUGCCAAUGUGGCGAGUCACAGCCUUCAUUGGGGAGAACAUUAUUGUGUUUGAAACCCGCUACGAGGGUCUGUGGAUGAAUUGCUUUCGGCAGGCCGACAUCAGAAUGCAGUGUAAGGUGUACGACUCUCUCCUGGCCCUGCCCCCUGAUCUACAGGCAGCUAGGGGGCUCAUGUGCUGCUCUCUGGCUUUAGGUGGCCUCGGUCUGCUGAUCUCUUUGCUGGGGCUGCAAUGCACGUCAUGUAUCGAAAACAACGAUCGAGCUAAGCGGCUGGUCCUCAUCAUUGCAGGAAGCAUGAUCAUAAUGGCUUGCAUCUGUGUCCUUAUCCCCGUGUCCUGGACAGGGCACGUCAUCAUCAGGGACUUCUACAACCCCUUGCUGAUCGACGCCCAGCGAAGGGAGCUCGGAGAGGCUCUCUACAUCGGCUGGGUGGCCUCCUUUCUCUUGUUCGCUGGAGGAUGCAUGUUUAUUUGUUGCAAUCUGCAGUCCGAGGACAAAGCUUCAGAGAGGUAUAUUUACUCAAGGACAUCCGACUACAUGGCCUAUCCUCCACAGCCUCUACAGCCUCUACAGCCUCAACAGCUGGUGAUGCUUCCCCAACAACAACCCCAGUUUCAGCCUGUGCUAUCAAGACACCCAUCAACCAUCUACAGCUACCAGUCCAGAUACCCCUCUGUACACAGCGGGGUGGCUUAUCUCUGAGCAUUUAAACUGACUGAGGUAAUGAAGAUCACAGUUAUGGUCAAUAUAUGCAAGGGAAUUUCUUUUUAAUAUUAUUUUACAUUUCAAGAAUACAUGUACUGUAAAUGCAAAUGGAUCUGAUCCAUAUGGAUGUCUUUUAAAUCACUCUUUUUUAUACAUUAUUUUAGGAGUACUUGUGUUGAAGAGCACUAGUUACAGAUUAUAAUACAAAAUCAUAGUUAUAACCAUGAUUGUGUAAACCAAUACAUGAUUUCCAUUACUUUUAUGUAUGUUGUAUAAUCAAAUUUUAUACAGACAGCCUUAUUUUUUGUAUAUAGGGUUACCAAAUUUGUAUGUGUAUGCUGUAUAGAACAAUUCAUGCAACCUUUAACCAAUGAGUAAUGUGACACGAGUGUAUUUGUGUUUACUGUUAAAAUGCUUUUGCUGUUGUUUGCACAUAUGACUGAACUAUGUUUUUAUACAGAUACUUUAUUCUUAACAGAUAUUUCAACCCAUUUUCUUUCAACAUUAGCUGCAUCUGUGCAGUGUAUUCAAAUUUACAUCCCCCAUCCCAUCAACAAAACACACAUCUGUGUGGUACAAAUAACAUCUCACCGGCAACAAUUACCCUAAUACACACAGUCCUCACAUUUUUCUGCUCAGUUUUUUUUUUUAGCAGUUUUAACAAGUAUUCGACACAAGAUCUGGCUGUUACAGGUACUACUCUGAGGACAAGGUAAAUGCUAUAUUGGUGACUGAUUGUGUGAGAAUUACACAGACAUUUGUUUCUAAAACUCAUCAACAUUUUGUGUGUGUCUAUUUAAUCAGAAAACAAUUGUGAGUCUUUGUUUUAAGUUUGGUAUGAUGCCCUGGAGCUCUUGGAAACUGAUGGAACUGAACAAAUAGCUGAGCAAACAUGCGAUGCAGGUUUAACAGUGCUUGUUAAAGGUGUGGACAGCAGCAUUAGUGUUUGUGAAGAAGCAAGAGAGAGAUGACCUGACAGCAUGAUCAUGUGAUAAGAAUUUGCAAGUCACUUUGAAUACAGAGAGCUUUAGACUAAUAGUUGUCUAGUUCAUUUCUGCGUUGAUCCCAGGUCCAUACUGUAUGUUAGAGCAAUUAAAAAACAUUUCUCUGUUCAGUGAAGUAUAUUAGCUCUCGAACUACUAGGUCAGCUCAUUUCAUUUUCAGUGAGUUUAAAGCAAGCGGCAACUGUAGAAUCUCAAUUCCUAAUACACAGGAUGUAAUGACAGUAAAAGUAGUCAUGUCAUUGAUGUGUCAUGCCGAAAAUAUUUGGUGAUGAUGUAAUGACAAUGUUGUCUUUCUCCAUUGUUGUUUAAGGUUACAUCAAAAUGAGCGCCAUGUUUGUCUAUGUUAUGUCUUCUCAACAGCCCUAGAGUUAUACAAAUCUGAAAUAUUUAAACUUUUAAUAUACAAAACUAUAUUCCUGGUACUCAACAAUCAAUAACCGUGUUUGGACUGUGUGAUGGGAGCUCCCUCUUGAAAGUCAUUUCUGCUCCCCUGUGGACAACAGAAGUACUGCAGGAGCUUAUGUGCUACACUGUAUAUUUGUUUACUUAUGAAUAUUUUAUCACAUAUAAUUAUAGAGAAUAAAAACAUGUCAACUUUC